AUGGGGCUCCCCAAGGCUUUUCGCUUCGCCGUGGCGUGGGCGCUGAUUGCAAACGCUGCACACGAGAAAGGCUAUGUCCGCAUCGAAGACCAUGCUGUGGCAGGCUCCCUAAUGGACACCCUCGACCAGACAAGUCAGAGGGCUGCCAUCAAGCGUCCAGCCCGCGGCAUUCGGUCGAAAACAGCUGUAAAGUUUGGAAAUCGCGGCAUGAAAGACAAGCCAGAGGAUGAGCCAGAUUCUGGAGCAGAUGAGAACCUUCCGCCGUUCGGUUCUUAUUAUGCAGCAUGGAACCCGGCGAUCUACAGUGCCCUCAAGUACUCUAUUGUUCGUAUCAGCACGGUGGACAGAAGCAUAGACAUGGACAAGCCAUAUGAGGACGGCGGGCUUCAGGAGUCCGUGGGUAGCGGAUUUCUGGUAGAUGAGAACACCACAAUGCAGGGCAUCGACGAUUACACGAUCGUCACAAACGCACAUGUUGUUCGAGGAUCCGGUAUCGUGCGAGUUCAGUUUCCAUCGCUUGGCCGCCAUCUGUUUGAUGCCACUGUGCCAAUGGUGUGCUUUCAAUUCGACUUGGCGAUCGUGAAGUUGAAGGAUCCUACGGAAUUGAGAGAAAAGCUGAAGCUGGCAAACGUGACGCUUUCAUUGUUGAAACUGCAGGCGCGCAAUGUGAAGAUGGGUAUGAGAGUGGCUGCCCUGGGCUUCCCUUUAGGCAGUCAGUGGCUCAAGCUCAGCGAGGGCGUUGUGUCUGGUGCCGAGGUUGUUGAAGACAACAUGGUCUACCAGAGCACGGCGCCGAUCAGUCCUGGCAACAGCGGUGGUCCGUUGCUGGUUUUCAGAUCCGACAGCCUGGUCAGAUCAUCGACUUACGAAACAGAUGGCAGAAAGCCCAUUCUAGACACGGUGGUGGGUGUGAACUUCGCAUCUUCUGCGUCUAAGUCCGCGCAGAAUCUGAACUAUGCUGUGCCCGCUUUCCGCAUUGUGCAGGUCUUGGCAGAAACUAGCCUUCAAAACGGGGAUCGCUUCAUGCCGUUCUCGCUCUUCCGCUGGGCCCACCCACCGAUCCAGACAGGCAGCUUUUUGGUCAAAGUCGAUGACACAGAGUUGGACACGUUCGGAAUGGGCAAGCGAUUUGACUUCAUGCAGCAGUACGUCAGCUUCAAGGAUUUGCUUACUUUCAGGGAGCAUUUGGAUGAUGUCGUCACGGUGACAACGUGUAAUGAUGGUAAAUCUAUGCAGCACAGCCUCAGCUUGAAGUGGAAUAGCAGCCGAUUUGAAGGGGGAGUGCGGUACUUGUAUGAGCCGAAUUUUGAUGAAACUGCCAAAGAUUACGAAUGGUUUGCAGGAGUAACCAUGGUCCAGCUCACGCUGAAUCACGUAGAUGCGUGGAUAUCUAUGCUUGGCGGAGAGACUCUAGGCAGAUUCUACUUGGAGGAGAACACGUUACAGCCUCGUGUGGCAAUUACUUCCUGCGCAUCUGGAUUCAGCUGCGAAGAGAUUGUGGGCACUGGCAUGAUAGUUGAGAGCAUCAAUGGCUGUCCCGUCUCCACGCUAGCAGACAUUCGCCGCUGCUUCGUUCCUAAGAAGAGCGAAGCCUGGGAACUUGUCACCGAUCGAGGAGUUGCUCUGGCUGUGGACUUUCUGGAGGAAAUGAGUCAAGCUGUGCGCCUCGUGCAUGAGGACUUGACACUCCUGAGCAAGGCUGUGCGAGAGGCUGCCCUCCAACUGAGUGCCCAGAUGCAAGUGGGUGGUUGGCCUGCGCAGAAGAAUGCAGCAUCUGAAUCGCAGCCAACUCAGUAUUGGUCAGUGGAGAAGGGGAACAACCCCGGCCGAUUGGGAGAGCAGGAUGAUGCAGAGGAAUAUCACCGAGCCGAAGCGGGAGAUGUGAACGACUCCGUGGAGGCUCAAGCAUUAACCUGUGUCAUGAAUUGGCCAUUCAUGGUCAUGCGUGCAACUGUGUUUGAUCCUAUCGCAGAGCAAAGAGCUUGGCUCCGUUGGCGCCAGCUAGCGAAGGAGCGCCAGGCCCUGCUCAAUCAGCAAGAGGACGCUGUGAAGCCCACAGGUGGGCAGGAGGAGCAGGAGAAGCUAAAGGCAAAGUACAAGGUGCAGGAAUUGGUGACCAAGCCGCCCACUCCGAAGACGGAGGCCGAGAGUCAACUGAUGAUAGAGGCUUUGAAGCAAAAUGACAAUCUGAUGAGUGUUGUGUCACUAAGUGACGGCAAUCUUUCUCAGAUGGUCGCUGUCGCCUGGAAGGAGGAGGUGAAGUCUGGCACCAAGUUGAUUACCGAAGGCGACUUGAAUGCUGAUUAUUUUUACAUCGUCCAGGAAGGAAAGUUCAACGUGAUCAUAGGAGAGUCAAAAAGUGCAGAGGAGGGUGGGCCACAGGUGGUGGCCUCUAUCCCUAAGGGCGGAAGCUUUGGAGAGCUGGCUUUGCUGUACUUUGCUCCCCGGGCUGCAACCAUCCAGGCUGCGGAGGAUGCCGUGGUCUGGGUGAUUGAUCGCAAGAACUUCAAGGAGAUCCUGGCACAGUCCUCGAACGCGACAGCAAAGGAGUACAUCAAGUAUUUAGAUAAGGUUGAGAUACUGGCGCCAUUGCAGGACGAUGAAAAAGCAGCCGUUGCGCAAAGCCUGUCAGAGAUGUCUUUCAGUCGCGGCGAAGUCAUCUUCCAGCAGGGUGAAAAAGGUGAUGCUUUUUAUAUUCUGAUUGAAGGGCAGGUCAGCGUCGUAAAGGACGGAAGAGAGGUGACAAAAUUAAUUGCCACGCCAGAGAAGGCUUCAUUCUUCGGCGACAGAGCCUUGCUGAGCAACGAACCCCGCAAUGCUACGUUGCAGGUUAUCUCCGACACGGCUAAGACCCUGACCGUGGACCGCCAGUCCUUUGACAUGAUCCUCGGACCACUUGCAGAACUUCAGACGAGAGGAAGAGGUGGCAAGAGCAAGCUGGUUGGCCGCAGCGUUGCCAGCAGCGCUGUUGCAAUGGGCAACGUUUCCCGCAAGUUUGGUCUGAUAUUGCGGAAGGAUUUGAAGAGAAUCGGAUUGCUUGGUUGCGGUGGUUUUGGUGCCGUGGAGUUGGUGGAGCAUGCUGCCCUGGGCGACACCUACGCUCUGAAGGCCCUCAGCAAAGGCUACGUCAUGAAGUCGGGUAUGCAGCACAAUGUUUUGAAUGAGAAGAACGUGCAGAUAAUGUGCGACUCACCGUUUAUCAUCAAGCUGUAUGAGACCUACAAUGGCACGCAAUCGCUCUACUUCCUUCUGGAGCCAGCACUAGGAGGCGAGCUCUAUGCGACGUACAACAAGAAGGGUCUCUUUGGCAAGGAAAGCCACGCAAAGUUCUACGUGGCUGGUGUGGUGAAUGCCUUUGAACAUCUGCACGGCAAGAAAAUCAUCUUCCGCGACUUGAAGCCUGAGAACCUGCUGCUCACGGAGCUUGGCCACAUCAAGCUGACAGACAUGGGCCUUGCGAAGGUCGUGGUUGGAAAGACUUACACAACCUGCGGAACCCCUGACUACUUCGCACCCGAAAUGAUUGCGUCAGCUGGUCACACGUCGGCAGUUGACUGGUGGACUCUUGGCGUGUUGAGCUUUGAGCUCAUGGCUGGCCACCCGCCAUUUGAGUCUGCGCACCCGAUGCAAAUCUACCAAAAGGUGAACAAAGGCAUCAGCAAGGUGAACUUCCCCAACAAGAUGAAAGGCGUGGUUGAGGACUUGGUGAAGAAUCUCUGCAAGAAGGAGCCUGCUGACAGACUUCCAAUGAGGAAGGGCGGAGCGGGCAACAUCCGCAAACAUGCCUGGUUCUCCACCUUCGAAUGGGAGAAGUACGACAAUGGCAACAUGCCUUCGCCAUACAAGCCUCAGGUGCAAAGCAAGAAGGACAUGGCCAACUUCACUGCGCGCAAGGAGGAUAUGCCACCCAAUGUGCAGUACAAGGAUGACGGUUCUGGCUGGGAUGCAGACUUCGCGACUUGCUCUUGA